AUGAGCGUAGCGGUAGGCCAGAGUGCAGAUAAGGGCAAGGCCCCUGAGACAGUUACCAAUGGCAACACUGGGUUCCGGCCCCAGGCCAACAUGACCAUGGAGAGGCCUCGCCCAGAGGACCUGCAGAAGAGCUAUGCCAAGGUCAUUGUGGACGAUCCCAACCCCAAGGGCUGGUAUGGGACUAUGGUCGACACCUUCGGCGCCAUAAUCGGCACUCUCGGCGCGAUCCCAUGCUGCAUCUGCUGCCCGAAUCCCUACAAAGAAGUCGAGCAAGGCAGCGUCGGCCUGGUCACCAAAUUCGGCCGCUUCUACAAGGCUGUCGACCCAGGCCUUGUCAAGAUCAACCCUCUCAGCGAGCGCCUCAUCACCGUGGACGUCAAGAUCCAGAUUGCUGAGGUCCCCCUUCAAACUGUCAUGACCAAAGACAACGUCACCCUGCAAAUCACGUCCGUCAUCUACUACCACAUCGUGUCGCCGCACCGGGCCGCCUUCGGCGUGGCGAACGUGCGUCAGGCCCUCAUGGAGCGCACGCAAACCACCCUGCGGCACGUCGUCGGCGCGCGCGUGUUGCAGGACGUGAUCGAACGCCGUGAAGAAAUCGCCCAGUCCAUUGGCGAAAUCAUCGAGGACGUCGCGGCGGGCUGGGGCGUGCAGGUCGAGAGCAUGCUCAUCAAGGAUGUCAUCUUCAGCCAGGAGCUGCAGGAAUCGCUCUCCAUGGCGGCGCAGAGCAAGCGGAUCGGCGAGAGCAAGAUCAUUGCUGCAAAGGCGGAGGUCGAGGCGGCGAAGCUGAUGCGGCAGGCGGCGGAUAUUUUGUCGUCUGCGCCGGCGAUGCAGAUCCGUUAUCUCGAGGCUAUGCAAAGCAUGGCGAAGAGCGCGAACAGUAAGGUGAUCUUUUUGCCUGCGCCGAAUCAGACUAUGGCGGCGGCGGGGUUUGUGCCGGGGGGAAGUGGCACGAACCCGUUUGGGGAUGAGGGGCCUUCGUCGUCGUCGAUGGCGGCGAAUUUGACCGAGUCGGUUACCACGGGGACGACGCUCGAUCCGGGGUUCCAGCAGGCUAUUAAUGCGCGGAUUAUUGAGAACAUCUGA